CUACUUCCUCUUCCGGCUGAGCAGCGCGCCGGCUCCUGCCGACGUGUUUUUCCGGUGGCGGAGUGGCAGACUACCCCGUGCCCGGCAAAAUGUGAAGUGACAACGUGCCACCGUAGUUUCAGAUGCAAUUGCCGUCACCCCCAAACGGCACCACUUGAUGUUGGUGAAGGAUUGCCACAUCCCCCAGGCUGAGGCAGGCCGAGCUCGAGGCCAUGAGCCGGUACACCAGCCCCGUGAACCCCGCCGUCUUCCCGCACCUGACCGUGGUGCUGCUGGCCAUCGGCAUGUUCUUCACCGCCUGGUUCUUCGUGUAUGAGGUCACGUCCACCAAGUACACGCGGGACAUCUACAAGGAGCUGCUCAUCUCCUUGGUGGCCUCGCUCUUCAUGGGCUUUGGGGUCCUCUUCCUGCUGCUCUGGGUGGGCAUCUACGUGUGAGCUCCCACGGGCUCCAGCCAGGCAGCUGCACUGAAUCCCUGCUUUUGUAAAUUAAUUUUUUUACUGUUGCUGGCGGUGUCCCGCCUGCUGCUCACAAUAAAGGCAGAUGUGUGACCGUC